AGUCUCCCAGUCUCCCCCGCGCGCCCCAUCCAUCCACAGACUUUAGCAAGAACAGCUAAGUGAUUAAUACUUAUUUUUAUUAAUAAACUUUGGAAUAUUUUAUAGUAAUUGUGAUCUUGGACAAAGAAAAUGGCUUUUUUUUCACAAGUUUCGCGGCCUUCUACUUAAAGACAUAAAUAUUAGCGAGAUCGCUUUAAAAUAGCAACUAUCUUAGCCGUUGUUUAAACAUAUUAGGGUUUACCAAAUUAUAUUUUAAACAUUUCUUAAAUUUAAAAGCCACCUGGGAAAGUGACAGUUUUUCUUCAAAAAAUACUAUGACUUGUGAAAAUAAGCAAAGAAAAAAGAAUGAAAUGGAAAAUAUAGGAGGUUGUAGCACCCGUAACACCACAAAAACAGAUCUCAGCUUGCUGCUUGAGUGUCUGAAGUUUCAGAUGAAGUGUCCUGACUCACAGAAACAAGCCCUUCUAACCAUAAACUCAAUUUGUGAAAACAGAGAGGAUAAUGUGGACCUGUUCAGAGAACUUGGUGGCGUGACCUUUGUGUAUAACCUCUCCAAAACCAGUGUUGUCCAUCCAGAAGUUAAGGAGGCAGCUCUUUUUACACUUGGGACACUUGCAGAAUCUAAUGUAUAUUGCAAGAACUCUUUGUGCAGAAAGGAGAUCUUUACAGAUAUUUCUGGCUGGUUGGUGAAAGAAGACCUCCCGCUGACUCUGAGGAGAGUGACUGUCUAUUUGCUGUUUGUGCUGGUAGCCAACAACAAAUCAGGACAGACUUUAGCUCAAACGACCGGUUGCCUGGAUAUUCUACUAGACCUCUUCAGGAGCACCUUUCCUCUGUCUGCCGAGAACAACUUGAGGACUCUGACUCAGACCUGUCAGCUUUGGGCGUCCGUGUCAAGUGCUCUGUGUGGAUGUGUCAACAAUCCUCAAAAUGAAGAAGCUCAGCGUAUUUGUGUGGCAGCCUUUCCAACAAUCAAAACCUGGCUUCAGCAGAUUUCUCUUCCAUGCACUAAAGUUCUUCAACCCAUUUGUUCCUUCAUUUCCAUGACAGUUGCUAAUAACUGUUGUGUACAGGAGAGUUUCUUUGCCUCGGGGGGUUUAGAAACUCUCACACUUUUACUGAUUCGCUUCACCUCUUCUGCGGAUACAAGCUUGUUGUCCUGCCAGCUGGCUGUGGUUCUUGCUAAGACUCUUUCAGCUUGCAUCACUGAUAACUCUGUGCUGGCCUCGGGUCUGUCUCAGUAUGGCCUUGUCUUCCAUCUUUUCUCUCUGCUGUCAAGUUCAAAAUUAGAGCCUGAGGACAGGCUCUCUGUGUUACUGAACAUCGGGCAAUGCACUGCAGCCUCUGAUGAACACCAGUCUCAGCUGGUUCAGUGUGGAGGUCUGCCCGUUAUUAUAACGUUACUCACUGAAGACACGAACGAAGAAGUCAAAAAAGCUGCUACUUUCAUUUUACAGACCUGCAAACAGGCCACCAUGCGUUUGACAGCACAUGGUAUAACAGGACAACAGGCUGAAGACAAGGAUCCAUGUCCAAACCUUGAAGACUUCAAAAAGUCAGCCAGGGAUCUGCUGAUCAGGAUCAACCGCUUAGAGCAAAGGCAGUUAAAGGAAGACGAGGAAGAGCAGGAAGACAUUGAUCUGCCAUAUCCAGCUGAAAGUCACUGGCAGCUAUCUCAGUCUGCAGCUCUCCCUCCUCCAGUCAAAACCAUCCAUGCGGCGAUGCCAGCACGUGUGAGCAGUGACCACGACGCUGCACUUCAGCCAGUCACAAUCGAGAACUGUAGAAUGAGGAAAACAGCUUUUAAUGUAUUUUCUUUGGAAGAGUUGACUAAAACCAACAAAAGAGAUGUGAUGUGUUCAGUGCGGAGGACUGCUGGAGUCCCACUGCCUUCUAAUGGCCGGUCACUAGAGAGUGGCAGUGAGCCACAAACAGCAAACGGUCUCAUCUUUGAGCCAGUUUCAGCAAAGAAGCAGAAAAAACGAACUGAGAUUAAACCCACUGACGAGUUUCACAGCAAGGAGAUUCGUGAAGUACAAAAGCUACCAACAGAGGAGCCAUCGUUCUCUCAAAUCCGGUGUGCAGGUUGUGUUGUGCCCUUUGAAAAAGUGACGAGUCGUAACUUUGCAUCCCUUCAAAGCUUUUGCCACAGCAGCUGUGACAUGCAUCGGGUCCUCAAAGAGGCCACGGAGCGAUUCAGGAAGGCUUAUUUAAACCGCGUGUUCACAAAAGAGUAUCAGGAUAUCCAGAAGGAGAUCGCAAACAAAAGUCCUGGGACAGUUUCAAAUGCACAAUCUCUAAAAAACUCUCAGAGCUGGAACCUCCUCCUCACAGGUGUCAAUUUGACUCCUUUGCACAGAGGAGUUCAAAAGAAGACAUUAGCCUCCCGCAGCAGAGCCGAUCUACAGUUGACUCCCCUAAAAAGGCCGCGUGCACCUGAAGACAGACGUCCAGCGUCAGAUGUGGGUAGAACGCGUGAAUACUACGCCUGAGCGCCUGGAGCGGACCGGUGCUCUCUGAAAUGUGCUUUUGGCAGCAGACGAACCAAAGAGGGAAAGAAUGUUGACCCGCAGCCAGUGUUCUCACAGCACAGCCCGGAGCUGGUUCAGAGCGCCACCGCUGUAUUAAGCUGUUUCACACUCUAAAUGGCACACGGUGUGUGUGUCUGUGUGCAUUCUUCAGUCAAAGUCUGUGAGAUACUAGCGACCAAUUAUUAUUAUAAUGCUUUUGUUUCAGUGAAAAAAAGAAAAGCCUUGAUUUUGAAAUUUUCUGGUCUGACGUAAAUUUUCGAUAUUUGUACACACCUUUUCAUCUAGUCAUUACAGCUUCUCCUCAUUUUGACGAACACGUUUCACAGUCUUUUGUGACGGGGAACUGCUGUAAUCUUUAGCCGUCUUGCUGGGAUUUAUUGUUUCUUUUUUAUCUCACAUCCUCCUCCUUUCUUCAAUGUACACGUUGUGCGAGUACGACUUUUAUCCAUUUUGCAAUCCAUUUUUUCUGUUGUGGUUUGUUCCUACUGAGCUUAUUUUUGUGUAUUUUAUCAGUAGUUUCACCUUUUUUCUCGGCUUUUCUGUUGGGGCAGUUGUAGCGUUUUCAUUAUUUAUAAUAAAUAAUAUAGUAUGUUUAAGACAUUUGGGAUGUUUGACCAAUUGUGUGAAAUAAACAUGUUUUGUUUACCGUAA